AUGGCCAUCUCCGCAGCAGCGCAGGACGUCGUCUUCCUGCGGCAGCUGCUCAUGGACCUCGGCGAGCCCGAGGCUGGAGCCACCAAGAUGCUGACAGAUAAUCAGGCGGCCAUCGCCAUCGGCAACGACCACGUCACCAAGCCGCGCACGAAGCACAUCCGGGUACGCCACCACUUCGUGCGGGAGCUCAUCGCUGACGGAACCAUUGUGCUGCAGCACUGUCCCGGCACGCAGAUGGUUGCCGACGCGCUGACCAAGGCACUGGACAAGCAGACCUUCGAGCAGCACCUGCCACGACUGCUUGGCCUUCGCCUUCGCUACAGUCCGCCACAUGUGCACGAGCACAACGGGCUUGUGGAGCGAAGCAUUCGCACGCUGAAGGAGUCUGCCGCUGCCAUGCUGCACACGGCACCACUGCCGCAGCACCUCAAGGACAAGCUCUGGUCUGCUGCGCUUGGACACUCUGCAUGGGUGUACAACCUUCUUCCGCACUCCCAACUGGGCAUGUCACCGUACCAGGCUCUCUUCGCCAAGCCUUCGCCACUGCAGCACGUGCGCGUCUUCGGCUGCAAGGCGUUCGUGUAUGACCACGUCCACACGGACAAGAGCAAGGCCUUUCCCCGACGGGCCAUGGAAGGCUUCUAUGUUGGCUUCGACACGCGAUGCAACGCGCAUCGCAUCUACGUCAAGGCAACUGGGCGAGUGAGGUCCUCCAUCCACGUUGACUUCCUGGAAGAGGUUGACUGCACGAGUCAAGGGGGUGCUUUACCGACAUCACCACUCACAGGCAGCAACGGCACCAGCACUGUGCAGAACCUAUGGGUGAUGCCAGCAGCAACAGCAUCCACACCUGACCCCAUGCGGCAGGGCGAUGAGAACACACCUGACCCCAUGCGGCAGGGCGACGAGAACACACCUGACCCCAUGCGGCAGGGCGACAGCGGCGGCGCACAAACAUCUGCACCACUCGCGCAAUCAGCACCCACGGCACAGCAGAAGACAAGCUGUGCCGUCAACAGCAAGCAUCCUGACUCGUCAACGGCAGACGACGGCAGUGAUGACGAUGACGAUGGCGAUGGCGAUCACAGCGACGACAGUGACGGCUACGAGACCGACAUCCUCUGCCUGCGGACUACCCUGUUGAAGAAUGCCAUGGUACAGACGCACCAGCCACCGCAGCAGCCGGUCCCCAAGACAUGGCGGGACGCCAUGGCCUCUGCACACAAGAGCAAGUGGCAGGAGGCCUUCGUCAAGGAGUGGAGUAACAUGAUUCGGCACGACGUCUUCGACAUCGUUGACCAGCGCACUCUUCCCAUGGGCGUGCGACCAAUACCGUCCAAGCUCGUCUUUGCUGUGAAACACAAACCGGACGGCAGUAUUGUCCACAAAGUCCGGUUUGUUUGCUGCGGCAACCGGCAGACGGAGGACACAUACGCAGAUGUAUUUUCGCCCACGACACGCUUCGAGGCUCUGCGCACCUUUCUCGCUGCUACAGCCCAGCGACACAUGCUGCUGUGCCAGUUCGAUGUGUCUGCGGCUUUUCUCCAUGCCGAGCUCGACAUGGCAAACGUGUUUGUGCGUCCGCCGCAGGCAGCGAACCUCCCUGCCGGGUCUGUGCUGAAGCUGCGCAAGAGCCUCUAUGGCCUGCGCCAGGCGCCGAAGCUGUGGUACGCAUCUGUCUGGAAGACGAUUGGCGGCAGCGGCUUCCAGCGUUUGCGGUCCGACGCCUGCAUCUUCGUCAACCAGGAUCGCACAGUCAUGAUUUGCGUGCACGUCGACGACUUCCUUGUGGCGGCAACGACACAGGAGCACAUGGACCGUGCAGAGGCUGUGCUUGCAGCCAACUACGACCUCAAGAACUUGGGCGCGCCACGACAACACCUCAGCAUUGCGAUCUCCUAUGACAGAGAACGCGGCGUUAUGACGCUGAACCAGCACGACUACAUCCAGACUGUGCUGAAGCAAGAAGGCCUGGAGGACUGCAAGGCGAAGGCAACUCCACUCCCCGUCAAGAUGAAGCUCGUGCCGGUGGAACAAGCCGAGGUCGACGUUCGUCACUACCAGAGCAUCAUUGGCAGUCUGCUGUAUCUCGCAGUGACGACGCGUCCCGACAUCAGCUACGCCACAUCCGUGCUCUCCAGAUUUAUCCAGCAACCCGGCAAGCAGCACCUACACGCGGCCAGACAUGUCUGCAAGUACCUACGGGGCACGGCGGCUCUGGCAAUCAAGUACAGUGCGGGUGAUUCGCUUCAACUCCUUGGCUACACAGACGCAAGUCACAUGUCUGACCCCUACACGUCGAAGGGGCAUGGGGGCCACCUGUUCACCAUCGCCGGUGGCCCUGUGACAUGGCUGUCCAAGAGGCUGCCUCUCGUCACAACAUCAUCGGCGGAGACAGAGUACGUCGCCGCUGCGCGCGCAGCACAGGCUGCGGUGUACCUGCGACAACUCCUCCAGGAGCUGGGCUUCGACGUCGGCACCACACCACUCCACAUGGACAGCCAGUCUGCCAUGUGCAUUGCUACCAAUCCCGUGGCCAAGGGCGGCUCCAAACACAUACGGCUGCGUUAUCACCUUCUGCGCGAGCUCAUUGGCGAAGGCGUCGUCAAGGCAGUGUAUGAACCCGGCACAAAGCUGCUUGCAGACAUGCUGACGAAGGCCCUACCUCGUCCAUCUCUGACGCAGUGCCGAGAGCAAGUGCUGCAUGCGAGUUGA